ACUGACAGCCCAUAGGAGACAACCCUGUUUCUGAGUCAAGAAAAUUAAUAGUAAACAAAGUGCGACAUUUAUUUCUCAACAAGCUAUAAGAAUGUCGAAGCCAUCAAAAUCUGGCACACCAAGUGAUGGAAGUGCACCCGCCUAUGAUUAUCGCAAUUCCGGCGAUGCCAUGGCCAUGCGAGCCCCCCCACCAACGUAUGAAGAAAGUCAGCGAAGUGGAGGGCCAGGGAGCUAUGUAUAUGCACAAGGAGCUCCAACGCCAAUCCAAAAUCAGUACUAUGGCAUGAUCAGUCACCACCAGCAGCAGAUUCCCAUCAAUGGCCAGCCCAACUAUGGGAUGCACCAUGGCAAUGGCUACGGCCUUGCUGGACCCAGUACUUCAGCAGGAGCUGCUGCCGCACAGGUCCUACACUUGGACUCGCGCGCCGAGGUAAGGACGAAUGCUGCUGGAAACGUUGUCAUUCCGCCUCCUCCUCCGGGCUGCAUGCCCACACCAGCUCAGUGGGCUGCCAUGCAAGGUCAGCCAGUGGUUCUGAAACAAAAGAAGCGUUCCUUUUUCUAAUAUGUGUACAUUAGAUACAAAAAUUACUCGAAUGUAUUUCUGUUAGCCCCCUAAAUGUUAUAAAAAUAAAUGAUGCGAUUCAUUUCGUUUUGUCCUCGCGUA